UCAAACUUGCUCCUCAUCUCGAGAGGGACACAGCAUUAUUUCUUUUUUGAAAAAAAAAAAAUUAAAGGAUUCAGAUAUAACUGUAGUUUCAAACUCAUUUUCACUAAUGGAGAUAAAAAAAAUUUUGCAUGAACACGUUUUUAGAUCAUAAUUCUUUUCUUUUCCUCUUGAAUUGAUCAAAGUGACUUUAACCUGUCAAGCUCAACUAGCUUGACGUAAUUAUCUUAUCAAAAUCUAGCCGUUAACCCCUCUCAUAAUCCCACUCUGUUUUUUUCUCACCUCUGUUAAAUUCAUUUGUCCGUUAAUCUUUCUUUUUGAUCUUCUCUCUCCUUUGCUUUCUGGGUUUCUCAUCAAAUCUCCUCUGUUUGCCCUGUUUUUCACUCUUUUCAUCCCUUUUCAAUCUCUUCUAAUCAUUCCCUUUUUAUCUUUUAACACAAACGUGUUUUCUAGAAAUGUGUUGUAAUACUGUUUUUGUCUCCUAAAACAAAGUCGAUAAUUUUCAUUUUUGGAUUCCAUUACUGGACUGCUCUGUUUCUGUUUUAACAUUUUUAACGCCCUCUCUUCUAUAAUAGAAAAAUAUAACAAAUAUACCAGUAUAAAUCCUACUUUUUGUAUUAUUUUUUAUUUAUUUUGAUAUUUUUUACAUGUUUCACGAUCUUUGAUCGCUUCAUUUUCGCUGGUUUCUCGUACCCACCUACCAGAUACAGUUUUUUCCCCUCUCCAUCAGUUAGUUUUCUGUUUUUCUUAUAUUUAAUACUUCUCACACCACCUGACUUAUUUUCCCGGAAAAAAAAAAGUUAUAAACUUUCCCGGAAAACAAAGAUAAAAAAUGGGCUUUUCUUCGUGUCUGAAAUUGCUAUUGAUUCUUGGUGUUCUGAGUUGUUGUGUUAAUAGUCUUGGUGUGAACUGGGGAACUCAAGCUAGCCACCCUCUGCCUCCGAAUAUAGUGGUACAGAUGUUGAAAGACAAUGGGAUAACAAAAGUGAAGCUUUUUGAUGCAGAUCAGAACACCAUGAGUGCUCUUGCCGGUUCUGAUAUUGAAGUUAUGGUGGCCAUUCCUAAUAAUCAACUUCAGGUUAUGACUAGUUAUGAUAAAGCCAAAAUUUGGGUGAGAAAGAAUGUCACAGCAUACAAUUUCAAAGGCGGUGUUAACAUCAAAUAUGUAGCAGUUGGGAAUGAGCCUUUCCUCAAAUCCUACAAUGGUUCAUUUCUAAAUUCCACUUUCCCAGCACUUCAGAACAUUCAAAAUGCUCUUAAUGAAGCUGGAGUUGGAGAUUCCAUAAAAGCUACAGUGCCCUUGAACGCUGACGUCUAUGAAUCCCCAGACAACACUCCUUAUCCAUCUUUUGGAAGGUUCCGUUCAGAUAUUAGUACACAAAUGACCCAGAUUGUUGAGUUUCUAAAUAAGAACGAAGCUCCUUUCACUGUAAACAUCUAUCCUUUUCUUAGUCUCUACGGUAAUGAUGAUUUCCCUGUAAAUUAUGCUUUCUUUGAUGGGGCUUCUCCAAUUGUUGAUAGUGGAACUGGAAUCGAAUACACCAAUGUUUUUGAUGCCAACUUUGAUACUUUGGUUUCGGCUUUAAAAGCUGCUGGAUAUGGAAACAUGACCAUUUUAGUAGGAGAGGUUGGUUGGCCAACUGAAGGGGACAAGAACGCGAACAAUGGUUUAGCUGUUAGAUUCUAUAAUGGCCUUUUACCUAGACUUGCAACCACGAAAGGUACCCCUCUUCGGCCUGGAUACAUUGAAGUAUACUUGUUUGCUUUACUUGAUGAGGAUGGGAAGAGCAUUGCUCCCGGAAAUUUUGAGCGUCAUUGGGGAAUCUUUACGUAUGAUGGACAGCCUAAAUUCCCAAUAGACUUUUCUGGUCAGAAUCAAAACAAACUCCUUGUUGGUGCCAAAGAUGUGAAAUACCUUCCUAAUAAAUGGUGUAUGUUUAAUCCGAAUGCCAAGGAUGAGAGCAAGCUCACUGAUAACAUAGAGUUUGCCUGCAGUAACUCUGACUGCACAGCACUUGGAUAUGGCUCUUCUUGUAACAACUUGGAUGCAAACGGGAAUGCUUCAUAUGCAUUUAACAUGUACUUCCAAAUCCAAAAUCAGGAUGAAUUGGCCUGCGGUUUUCAAGGUUUGGGCACAGUUACUACACAGAAUCUUUCAACAGGGCAAUGCAAUUUUCCCAUUCAGUUAGCUAUAUCUUCUUCUUCUUCUUUAAGCCCCUCAUUUGUGGGUUUGGUGUUUAUGAUGGUAUUAUCAUAUAUGUUGCAAUAGAUUUAUUAGAUUAUGGAUAGAAUCUUCUUAUUUUUCACUUUAUUUUUUUCUCACUUUUUCAUUUAUUUUUUAUAGUUCAGCAUAUGUUACUUUGAACCUAUAUUUAUUUUGAAAUUUAUUCAAUAAAACUACACUCCCUUUUGUAGUUUGUA